AUGGAAGAUGAAAAGGAAGAACUCGUCCGCCAAAUCUGCAACUGUUCUGGAAUAAACAAAAUAGAAGAAUUGAAAGAAGACCAAAUUCUCUUAGUUUGCAGAAGACCCGGCGAGAUGAGCCCGGGGGCCCCUCAGCUGGGGACCAGCGGCUUGCGGGCAUUUGGCCCGGGCGAAGAAGAGCUGGAGGGAGGGCAGCCGGAGAAGGCGAAAGACGCAGAAGAGGAAAUGCGUUUUGCAAAUCCAGACAGCGACAUGGAAGAGGCGCUGCCGCCAGCAGCAGCAGCCAGCAGCAGCAGCAGCAGCAGCAGCAGCAGCAGCAGCAGCACGGAGGGGGAAGAGGGCGGCCUGGUGACCAAUGGUUCAAAUAUGGCCUACGAGCAGCAGCAGCAGCGCCCCGGGGCACAGCCGCAAGCGACUGCAAAGAAAAGAAGAUCCGCUGCGGGUUUGCCUUCGAGUUUGGCGGCUUCGAAUUCUUUCUUCGUGAUGGUGGCGCCUCUGGUGAAGUACCAGUCGGAGCCGCGGCUGCACGGCUCCUGGAUGCCCGUGCUGCGGCUGGUGACUCCCACCACCACCUGCAGCGAACUCUACGCUGCUGUCGGCGCAGCUUUCUUCAGCAGCAGCUCUUCGGGAGAUUCUGCUGCUGAGAACGGGGGCCCUUCGAGCCCAGCAGCAGCAGCAGCAGCAGCAGCAGCAGCGCACGGCGAGGAGCCGCUGCAGCAAAAGUCCAAAAUAUCUGGAGUCUUCACCCAGGCCGUAGAGGCCCUCAACAAGACCUUCGGACCCGCACAGGGAGAGCCCAACGUUAGGAAGUGGAAGCUGCAAGUGAUGGCUCUGGUGUAUUUAGACCUCUCGGGGAUGGACAGUUUGCCGGGCGUGCUGAGCAGCAGCAGCAGCAGCAGCAGCAGCAGCAGCAGCAGCAGCAGCGGGGGCUCGCUGGAGCAGCAGGGCUCGCUGGUCAGCAGCAUUGUGUCUUUGGGCACUGUUAGGCAGCCCCACAAAAUCCAACUGGCGGAUUGUCUGCAGCUUUUUUCAGAAAAAGAAAUUCUAGACCAAGACAACAUGUGGUACUGCAGCACCUGCCGCAAGCACGUGCAGGCGCAGAAGAAGCUGGACUUGUGGCGAAUGCCUCGCGUCUUGAUUUUGCAUUUGAAGCGUUUUCACAACGUGAACCAACUGUUCAAGCCUCUGCAGCAGCAGCAGCAGCAGCAGCAGCAGCAGCAGCGCAGCAGCAGCAAAGUGCCCAGCUAG